AUGUCUUCGUUACGAACAAUCAAGCCUAAUCGACAAACGUACGCGAUUAGUGUAGGAUUGCUACGGUAUUAUACGAAUACUCGAAGUGCUCUACGGAUUAAUAAAGAUACAAAAUUGAUAAUCCAAGGAUUCACCGGAAAACAGGCUACUUUUCAUGGACAGCAAAUGAUCAAUUAUAAUACUAAUGUUGUUGGAGGUGUUUCUCCAAGCAAGGCCGGUACAAUGCAUCUUGAAAGACCUGUAUUUAGUACUGUUAAAGAAGCUCGUGAAGCAACAGGUGCGAAUGCGUCGGUUAUUUAUGUACCAGCACGUUUUGCAGCUAAAGCGAUCGAAGAAGCGAUAGAUGCAGAAAUCCCGCUGGUUGUUUGUGUUACCGAAGGUAUUCCGCAACAAGAUAUGGUUAAAGUUCGAAAUAAACUGAUGAAACAGAACAAAACUCGUCUGCUUGGUCCAAACUGUCCUGGGAUAAUUUGUCCGGAUGAAUGCAAAAUAGGUAUUAUGCCGGGACAUAUACAUCGGAAGGGAGUUAUUGGUGUUGUUUCACGAUCUGGAACUCUUACAUAUGAAGCAGUCCAUCAAACAACGGUUUGUGGCCUUGGGCAAACAUUAUGCGUUGGCAUUGGUGGUGAUCCAUUCAACGGCACAAAUUUCAUUGAUUGUCUUGAUAUUUUCUUGAAGGAUCCGCAAACCAAAGGUAUUAUUUUAAUUGGUGAAAUUGGUGGGCAAGAUGAGGAAAAAGCUGCUCAAUUUUUGAAGGAAAAUAAUACGGGAUCGAAUGCUAAACCGGUCGUAUCAUUCAUUGCUGGCCAGACUGCUCCACCAGGCCGACGAAUGGGACAUGCUGGUGCAAUUAUUGCGGGUGGUAAAGGAACUGCUGCUGAUAAAAUCGAAGCUUUGAAAAGUGUUGGCGUCCUCGUUUCGGCAUCGCCUGCGCAGAUGGGUGCAAUGAUGGCGAAGGCUUUGAAGAAAAUCUAA